CAACUACACCAUAACGUUGUAUCCCUUGAAUCAUUCCAACCAUUUUCACCCGAGUCUCGUGCUGCUCAGCGGUUGUCAUAAUUAGAAAGUCCGCCGAAAAGUCCUAUUAGGAUCCACGAUUCCAUGUCUAAUUAUUAAGGGCUGACUCGUACACUUUCCUCGGACGUUCUACGAUUUCCUUCGCUGUGCGAUCCAAGCUACACGAUUUACUUCAACGUUUCUUUCGGUCCUCGGCGUAGAACGCUUUUGUGUCAAUGUCUUUCUCGUUCAACCACGCUGUAUCUACCUCGGCACUACAGAAAUCAGUAGAACCACGUUCAGUGAUAACUCUUGUUCUCAUUGAGAAUUCCCGGGCUUUAGAACGGUUGUGGCCAGAUCUCCGGGAUCAUUAUCUUCGCUCUGCCCUCAGCAAGCUCGAAGCCAGGUAUCCGGGAGUUCCGCAUAUAUCCUACGUUCUGGAAACACUAGUUCCCGGUGACCAGUUCACGGGACCUGGAGUUGCCCGGCAAUGCGAUAGUCUAGACACUUGUCUAGAGGACCUACAAUUCAAUUAUAGUCCUUUAAAUGUUCUCUCAAGUUCAGAUAUCUGGCGCGCAAUUGAGUUUCUGUGUUCGGCAAGUAUACAAGGGCCGUCGACUGUUCGUAAUAUCCUCGUCAUCGCUGCUUCUUCACCGGUGGAAGGCACAAAUGCCAAGCAGCACACGUCAACUGUCCCAUUUUACAAUUCGUGGUUCGGCCUCGCGCAGAGGCUCACGGAGACCAACAUCCAAUGGCACAUGAUAUUAAACGCAACCCAAGACAUGCGUAGACUGAACAUGCUGUUUGAUGAAACGACAAUGCUGCAAAGAAACGUCGAGGAGCCCUUGUGGCUUCCUGCAGAAUCGGACCGUUUCCUCGUCCGCUUCUCUAGUAAACCCCAGGUCAUUACACCAAGUCUCUUUGCCCAAGAAUCCUUCAAAAAUCCCCCUUCAACGUCUUAUCACGCACUCGACUCUUCAUUCCCUGAUGACCAUCCGGAUAGCUGCUCCCCUCCUCAUCUCCCACCCGAGCCAUCAGCUGAGGCCCCGAGUCUGGUUGCUCAGUUGCAGCAGGUGCAUGGAUUGACGAAGAAAAAGGUUUACGGCACCAAACCUGUUCGAAAGCCGUUUUUUCGGGAUGAGCGAGUCACCGAGACGAGUCGAAGGUCAACAUUACUUGCCAGGUCAGUCCCCGUCGACAUGGACAUGACAAGAGCUCCUGGAGGACGCGUUGUCUCCCACUCUGUGAUUGACCGUAGCGCUCGUGUUCGACACACAAGUUCUGCAGGAGGCCGUAUGCAUGGGUACCAUCAACCGGCACCGCACUGGUCGCCUAUGCCCAUGGCGUCACCGAUUCCGUCUAAUCUCCCGUCAGUUGGCUCGUCAUCCGCAGCGCCCACGAACCUGGAUUCAUAUAUCUCAUCUCCAUUCGAUGCAUCCCCUCCGUCUAACGUUAGUAACACCCCAUGGGCACCAUUCUCGGGCACAUCUCCGCCUUCUUCUCACCUCCCCGGCAGCACUCCCGCGUUCGCACCGCUGCCAACAUUGCCCUUCAAUCACACUCCUGGCUCUCCCGACAAUUCCCCACCGCCGUACCUACGCGAUCGAGCCGUACCGGAGAUAUCACCUUCUGGGGUCUUGUUUGACCCCCCGAGCUUCUACGACCAUGGACUGGGAACACAAUCGUCCAAUCAUGAAUGUGUAUUCCCUGGCCAUGGUUCGGGGAUUCUUUCGUCAGCAGCGUCGCCAUCUCAACCCAAUUCUGAUGCUCGUUUGGCAUCGCAAUCGGGGCAUUCAUCCACCGAGUCCGUUUGUUCACCUACGGAGCAAAUUUCAUCGUACAACACGAACGGAUGGAGUCAGGCGUCAUAUGGACCUACGGACUCCGUAUACGGUUCACCUAAUUCAUCCGGUACUAGCUCACUGAAAGGCUGGGCUGGCUGAUUGCAACGGUCUACCUGUUGCUACUCUCUUUUUUGAUGUACAUACUCGUUGCCACAAUGUACCAUUUCUGUGUGUUGUUGCGAGGAAGACACACUACUCAUGUUGUUAGCCACAUAUUGUACACUGAUAUUGUUUAUGCCGCCGCUUCGCUCUGUCAUGUAGCUUAUUUCUUUUAGGGAUUUUUAGGUACUAUUAUUACUGUUGUGUGUCGAAUUAAUUUAUGCUUAUAAUUCUAGAGGUGCAGUCCUCAGAAAGGUAAUAUUGGGGGCCUGACGGGU